UCGGCAGGGCGCUAAGCCCGGAACUCGUGGGGCGGCGCACUCCCUCGCCCAUGAGCUGCAUGAAAGGCCCGCUGCACUUGGAGCACCGAGCAGCGGGGACCAAGCUGUCGGCCGCCUCCACGUCCUCUUCCUGUCACCAUCCCCAGCCCUUAGCCAUGGCUUCGGUCCUGGCUCCGGGUCAGCCCCGCUCCCUGGACUCCUCCAAACACAGGUUAGAGGUGCACACUAUCUCGGAUACUUCCAGCCCCGAGGCCGCAGAGAAAGAUAAGAGCCAGCAGGGAAAGAAUGAGGAUGUGGGCGCCGAGGACCCGUCCAAGAAGAAACGGCAGCGGCGACAGCGAACUCACUUUACCAGCCAGCAACUGCAAGAGCUGGAAGCCACUUUUCAGAGGAACCGCUACCCAGACAUGUCCACUCGCGAAGAAAUCGCCGUGUGGACCAACCUCACGGAAGCCCGAGUCCGGGUCUGGUUCAAGAAUCGCCGGGCCAAGUGGAGGAAGCGAGAGCGCAACCAGCAGGCCGAGCUGUGCAAGAACGGCUUCGGGCCACAGUUCAACGGGCUCAUGCAGCCCUACGACGACAUGUACCCGGGCUACUCGUACAACAACUGGGCCGCCAAAGGCCUCACGUCGGCCUCCCUCUCCACCAAGAGCUUCCCCUUCUUCAACUCCAUGAACGUCAACCCCCUGUCGUCGCAGAGCAUGUUCUCCCCGCCCAACUCCAUCUCCUCCAUGAGCAUGUCGUCCAGCAUGGUGCCCUCGGCGGUGACGGGCGUCCCGGGCUCCAGCCUCAACAGCCUGAACAACUUGAACAACCUGAGCAGCCCGUCGCUGAAUUCCGCGGUGCCCACGCCCGCCUGUCCCUACGCGCCGCCGACUCCCCCGUACGUUUACCGGGACACGUGUAACUCGAGCCUGGCCAGCCUGAGACUGAAAGCGAAGCAGCACUCGAGCUUCGGCUACGCCAGCGUGCAGAACCCAGCGUCCAACCUGAGCGCCUGCCAGUACGCCGUGGACCGGCCGGUGUGAGCCCGCCUGCCCGCGCCGCCGGAUCCCCUCCCCGGGACUGGGUGUCGCAGGGCCACCCCGCCCUAGAGAGACUGCCAAGUGUUCUAGAAGGUCGUACGCGGAAAAGAAGGGAAGGGGGGAAGAGAAGACGUGGGAGAAAAAGGGCAACCACUGAAUUCGAGAGAGAUCCUUUGAUGUCAAAGGAUGCCCCCCCUCCCCAGUGUCUUGACAUCUUCCGCUGAAAGUAUUUCCAACUGUUCCAAGGACACGUACACCCAACAAAUGUUUGACUGGAUAUGACAUUUUAACAUUACUAUAAGCUUGUUAUUUUUUAAGUUUAGCAUUGUUAACAUUAAAAUGACGGAAAGGAUGUAUAUAUAUCGAAAUGUCAAAUUAAUUUUAUAAAAGCAGUUGUUAGUAAUAUCACAACAGUGUUUUUAAAGGUUAGGCUUUAAAAUAAAGCAUGUUAUACAGAAGCGAUUAGGAUUUUUCGCUUGCGAGCAAGGGAAUGUAUAUACGAAAUGCCACACUGUAUGUUUCUAACAUAUUAUUAUUAUAAAGAAAUGUGUGAAUAUCAGUUUUAGAAUAGUUUCUCUGGUGGAUGCAAUGAUGUUUCUGAAACUGCUAUGUACAACCUACCCUGUGUAUAACAUUUCGUACAAUAUUAUUGUUUUACUUUUCAGCAAAUAUGAAAAAAUGUGUUUUAUUUCAUGGGAGUAAAAUAUA